AUGCUCGUCGGCCCAGGGCGACCUCGUCUCGCCGCCGCCUCAUCACUCCUGUCGACUUUGGGCCGUCGACUCUCCCCGACGCCGGCACUCGUGGGCGCGCGCCCGCUCCGCAGCAGCCCGACAUGGUCGAACAAGCCCGCGAGCAAGCCGCGACCCGUCCUCGACCUGUUCCUCGGCCCUUCCGCUUCCCCCUCCUCCCCGUCCUCCUCAUCGCCCGACCCCUCGUCGCCGUCCACGGCCGCCACCCCUUCUGCGCCGGCGCAGCCCCCUCGGCACGCGACAUCCGCACCUCUCCCCUCAGCUCCCGCCGACUCUCGGGCACCCGCCAUCGUCCCGGCCCGGCGCGGCAUCCUCGCCUCGCUGUCGCGCCUGCGCAGCGGCUCCCUCUUCCACAAGCCGCCUCCCUCGGCAGGUCCGGGCAAGGCCGGUUACGUCGACCUCGAGGAGGAGCGCCGAGCGCGCGAGCGCAACCUCGAGACGGCCAAGGCGCUCGAGCGCACGCUGCGCUCGUCCCGGGGCGCGGGCGCGUCGGGCGCACACGGCGGCGGGCUCGACGUGCGGUGCACGACGCUCGACGCUCAAGGCGCCGUGUCGAGCAUGGCGGCGCACGUCCCCAAGGAGGUCCUGUGUCGCAAAUUCAACAUCCAGCCGCGCGACCUGCGCAAGCUCGACUCGGCCGCGGGCGCCAACGUCGUCGUGCCGACCAUCCUGAGCCGUCGCGACUGCGUCAUCUUGACCGUCCUGCACUUGCGCAUGGUCAUCACGGCCAAGGAGGUCACCAUCUUUGACUCGGUCGGCUCGGAGGACAGCUGGCUCAAAGGCGUCUUUGUGUGGUCGCUCGAGCACGCCCUCAAGACGACGGGCAAGGCGGCGCAUGGACUUCCUUACGAGUUUCGGGCUCUCGAAGCAGCUCUCAUCAACGUCGUCACGGCCCUCGAGACGGACCUUAACAACAUGCGCAGCCACGUCGUCGAGCUCCUCGCCCACAUGGAGGAGAACAUCGACCGCGACAACCUGCGCCUCUUGCUGCACUACAGCCGCAAGCUGAGCAUCUUCCAGAAGCGCGCGACGCUCGUCCAAGAGUGUCUCGAUGAGCUUUUGGCCAACGACGAUGACCUGUCGGGCAUGUACCUGACGGCCAAGGUGCAGGGCAAGCCUCGAGCGUCCAACGAUCACGAGGAGGUCGAGCUUCUCCUCGAGGCGUUCUCGAAGCAGUGCGAGGAGGUCGUCAGCGAGGUCGAGACGCUCGCCGCCAACGUGCGCCACACCGAGGACAUCGUCGAGCUCAUCCUCGACGCCAACCGCAACUCGCUCCUCGGGCUCGACUUGCGCGUGAGCAUCAUGACGCUCGGCCUCACGGCGGGCGCCAUGGUUGCUGCUCUCUUCGGCAUGAACUUGACCUCGCACCUCGAGUCGCACCCCUACGCCUUCCCGCUCAUCUCGCUCUCGACGUUCGCCUUUGCCGCCUUGAUCGCGUCGUACGGCUUGCGUCGCCUCGCGCAGCUGCGCCGCGUCGGGCUCGGGUGGCGCGACGAGGUGCGCCAGGUCGGCGACAAGUGGGUCCGAGGCGGACGCGCGAGGGCGAGGUCGCGCAGGAGGGACUGA